GCCAAUGGCAGUUAUAAAACAUCUUCUUCCCAAAAUGACCUCCCUCUCAUUACAUUUCUCCUUCUUCCUCUUCUCCACGCUUCUCCUCAUGUCAGUCAUUCCCCCCCGCGCCGCCGCCUCCUACAGCUGUACCGUCGAUGAUCGAACGUAUUCUACAACCCCUCUAGUCUCCUUCCUCCAACGUCUCCAAUCCGAAGCUCUCAAAACUUUAGGCCCCAGUUCCUUCGACCCCAAGUUCUACGUUGACCUCCCUCUCAAGAAAGACCUCAGCUUAACGGAAGCUGCCUUCUGGAAACUCCCUAGGGUUAAGGGAAUCAUCCCGGAAAAGUACCUGCGUAGGUUCUUGGAAGCCUAUUUCGACGAUGCUGGCGACGAUAUGGUGUACACGGAACCCGAGGACUUUGUGCCGGAGCCGGUGGAGUUUUUGCCCAAGGUGCUUAACCCUAAAGUUAGGGUUUGGGCUCUGGAAGUGCAUUCAUUAUGGAAGAAUUUGAGUAGGAGGGUUUCCGAUAAUGUGAAGAAAUAUCCGGAGAGGCACACGCUGCUUCCCUUGCCGGAGCCUGUAAUCAUUCCUGGCUCGAGGUUCAAGGAGGUGUAUUAUUGGGAUUCUUAUUGGAUUAUCAGGGGAUUGCUUGUAAGCAAAAUGUAUGACACAGCAAAAGAAAUUGUGAACAACCUUGUAUGGCUAGUAGAUGCUUAUGGUCAUGUGCUAAAUGGUGCAAGGGUAUACUAUGCUAAUCGCAGCCAACCUCCACUAUUGAGUUCAAUGGUAAUGGAGAUAUACACAAGGACUGGUGAUUUGGAAUUUGUCAGGAAGUCCCUUCCUUCAUUAAUGAAAGAGUAUACCUUCUGGAUUUCAGGAAUCCAUAAAGUAAUGAUUCGAGAUCUUCAUGGACAUAAGCAUUCUUUGAGCCGCUAUUAUGCUAGGUGGAAUAAACCCAGACCAGAAAGUGCAACAAUUGAUGUGGAGUCAGCUUCCAAGUUUCUAAAUGACUCUGAUAAGGAAGCUUUCUAUCGAGAAGUUGCUUCAACUGCAGAGACUGGUUGGGACUUUAGCUCUCGAUGGAUGAGCAACUCAUUUGACCUUUCCACAUUAUCGACAACAUCGAUUGUUCCAGUUGACUUGAACACUUAUUUAUAUAAGGUGGAGCUUGACAUAGCAUUCUUUGCACAACAACUUGGUGAUAUCAAAACCCAUGAAAAAUUCUUCAAGGCUUCAAAAGCACGGCAAUUUGCAAUUAGAUCGAUCUUUUGGAAUGCAGAGAUGAACCAGUGGCUUGACUACUGGAUUAGAUCCAAAGAUUGUGAGGAUGUUCAUCAAUUUGAAGCUAGGAAUCAAAAUGAUAGGAUAUUUGCAUCAAACUUCAUACCCAUGUGGAAUUGGAAGCAUGCCUCAGGUUUAGGUGAAAAUAACAUUAUGGUGGAAAGAAUUCUUGAAAGCUUCCAGAAAUCUGGUUUGCUUCAACCUGCUGGAAUUGUUACAUCAUUAUCAAACAAUGGGCAACAGUGGGAUUUUCCCAAUGGUUGGUCUCCUCUGCAACAUCUCAUCAUCGAAGGGUUAUCUAAUUCUGGUUCAAAAGCUGGUUGGGAAUUGGCUCAGGAUAUUGCUGUAAGAUGGAUUAGAACAAAUUAUGCUGCGUACAACACCACUGGUGCAAUGCAUGAGAAAUAUGAUGUUAAAGGUUGUGGAAAGGUUGGCGGUGGCGGUGAAUAUAAACCUCAGACUGGCUUUGGUUGGUCUAAUGGUGUGGUGCUGGCUCUCUUAGAAGAAUUUGGCUGGCCUUUUGACAGGGAUAUUGAAUGCCGUUCUUGAAAUCACAUAAUAAGAAUCAGAGACCAGGAGUAUCAUUAGCUACUUGUGCCGGUUCGAUACCAAACCACUGCUCCCACAUUAUCAGCUUCAGAGCUUGUUUGUCUUCUUUUGUUUCUCAUUUUUAUAUUUAUAAUUUGCAUUUAGGAAGAGAUGUCCUGUGUACUUCAAAUCUAUUGAAAUGAUAUUUUAGUAAAUUUAGCCAAAAUCUCCAUAUACUCCUA